AUGGCUCCUGUUGCGGGUAAUAAGCGGAAGAGAGGCGACAGAAGCUGGUCUGGAGACUCGUCAAACGACAACCCUAGGCCAUCUCCGCAUCGCCCAAGCAAUCUGAAUCUAGCCCAGCAGCAGCAACAGCAGCAAGGCAGGGAAGGCUACGAGGGCCGUGGGAGAGGUGGCCGGAGGUCUAGUCGAGGCGGCCGAAAUGCAAGGAGAGGCAGCGAUGGCGCACACGUUCAACAACAGCAGCAGCACCAGCAGCAGCCGCAGUUGCGAGAGAGUCCUGCUCCUGCGAAGCCUGUCCCCACAUCAAAUAGCAACGAAGCCGAGCCGGCCAAACCCAAUGGUGUACCAGUCACUCAAUCCCCGGCCGUCCCAGCAGAAUUACCGCAACAGGCCGUUGUUACGAGGCCGUCUUCCUAUUGCUACGAAUAUAUUUCACCCGACAGCAUUACAAACUGGAUUGGAACCGGACAGCCAGCCGUCAUAGAGGUUGGCACAAAGGCUCGAGCGGAAGGUGACUCUCUUACCCUAUCCUCAGUAUUUCAAGAGCUUGUGCAGCUGGCUCUUGAGGGCCGUGUGUUACCUCAAGACCUGGGGAACACAGUACGUGCCAUUAUUGGCGAUGCUGAUACCAUAGACUCAACUCUUGACCCGCGCUCAAUGUUCCUGGACACGCUCUCCAUUCUCACCGAAAGUGAACCUUCUAACCCUAAUCUCCGGCCCUUUAUAUUCUCAACUGGAAUUCCCCCCGAGACUAUGCGACUACAGCUGGAAACCCCUCUUCUUCAAUCCCUCGGCCUAAUCCGUGAUACUUUUGCCCGCAUGGGAAUACGAAAACAGACCAACCUCUUAUACCGGCAGUCGAACUAUAACCUACUGCGAGAAGAGUCAGAAGGAUACUCAAAACUUUUAACGGAGCUCUUUACCACAAGUAAUAAUGAGCCCCCUUCUAGUGAGGUGGUUGAAGAUACCUUCGAACGUGUAAAGGCAAUGAUUGGUGCUUUUGACAUGGACGUUGGAAGGGCCCUUGACGUCACCUUGGACGUAUUCGCUGCUGUUCUAGUCAAACAGUAUCGAUUCUGUGUCAAAUUUCUAAGGGCAAGUUCAUGGUGGCCAAAGGAAGGGGUUCUAGAGGGACACAAUUCAAUGUCUGGGUUACCACGAUGGGCUUUGCCUGGAUCUCCUGGAUGGUCAACAGCUGAUGAAGAAAGAGCUGAGAUGUUACGAUUAAAUGAAACGCGAGACCAAGAGUUCUGGGAUAGAGUAAGGGAAAUUGGCAUACGUGCCUUUUUUGAGCUUGGUCGACAGCCCAUUUCGGAGGAAGAACAGCGCAAGUAUAUAUCGGCAGCUGAAGGGGACACAGUGAACGACAGCGGCGAAACCAAAAAAUGGAUUGAACAAACCGGCACGCUGCCACCCAGAGGGAACCGAGUGGCGGCGCAACUUCUCGGCUUUAAACUUCGAUAUUACUCUUCUAAUGCACGAAAUCCAUCCGACGUUCUUCCUGACAAUUUAAUAUACCUUGCAGCACUUCUCAUAAAAGUUGGGUUUAUCUCUCUACGCGAUCUAUACCCCCAUCUCUGGCGGCCGGAUGAAUCCAUGGAUACAUUGAAGGAAGAGAAAAUGAAGGAAAAGGCAGAAAGGGAGGCGGCUUCUCGCCAUGGUGGAGCCGUUAAUGCGUUGAUGGCUGCUGGUGCAUUGAUUGAUGACACUUUGCCGCCCCCUCCCCGUAUCAGGGAGCCGGAUGCCAGACCUGCCACCCCUUCACGAGACCAGGACCAUGACCAGGAUAAAACAGCGGCCCCCAAGGCCGAGGACAAGGAACAGUUACCCGAACCAGCCGAUCAAAAGGUUCUUCUCCUAAAAAGUUUACUUGCUAUUGGUGCUCUUCCAGAAUCAUUGUACAUUCUAGGGAAGUUUCCAUGGUUGCUUGAUGCCUACCCCGAACUUCUUGAGUUUAUUCACCGCAUUAUUCACCACUGCUUGAACAAGGUGUAUAACAACGUUAGGCCACUGGCUGAACAAGAUGAACUUAAGACCCGUAAGAAGAUUGUCAGUACUGAUCAAUCAAUUACGCUGUCAGGAAAAGUUCGGCUAGGAGACCAACCCCCUCGACGUAUCCUCCGCUGGGCACAGUUAGAUAAGGAAGAUACCAACGAUGGCACUGAUUACCGAUUCUACUGGGAUGAUUGGGCCGACAAUAUCCCGAUCUGUCAAUCCGUUGACGAUGUGAUCGCCCUCUGCGGAUCUUUCCUAAACCUUUCUGGAGUAAAGAUAGGAAACGAUCCCAGCUUACUCACAAAAUUGGCUCGUAUCGGUAGCCACAACAUGAAGAACGACCCAUCUGAAGCUAAUGCUUCCCGCUGGAAAGACCUCUGCAAGCGCCUUCUUGUCCCGGCCCUCAGUUUAACCAAAGUUAAUCCUGGAGUGGUUAACGAAAUAUUCGAGCUACUGCAACAUUUUCCCCAAGACGUCCGAUUUUCGAUAUAUGCAGAAUGGAACAUUGGGCAAGUGUCGAGGCUACCAGACAUCAAGUCGGCAUUCGACCUGGCUCGCGCUCAAACGAAGGACUCCUUGAAACGAUUAAGCAAGACAAAUCUACGACCCAUGGCUAGGACACUGGCUAAAAUUGCAUAUGCAAACCCCGGAAUAGUGAUUAAUGUUGCCAUCAGUCAAAUCGAAUCCUACGAAAAUUUGAUUGAAGUUAUUGUCGAAUGCGCGCGAUAUUUCACAUUCCUCGGCUAUGACGUUUUAACCUGGGCAUUAGUGAAUUCAUUGGGGCAAAAGGGGAGAAACAGAAUGCAAGCCAGUGGUUUGUUGGCUAGUCGCUGGCUUAAUUCUUUGGCCACAUUCGCUGGUAGAGUCUUUAAACGAUACUCCAGCAUUAUGAACCCAAUCCCCAUCUUACAGUACGUCAGUGACCAGUUACGCCAAAACAACUCUACCGACCUCCUCGUACUUGAACAGCUCAUCAGUUCAAUGGGUGGCAUUGUUACUGAUAACAGCUUUAACGAUGCUCAACUCCAAGCUAUGGCUGGAGGGGAAGUCUUACAAUCCCAAACAAUGCUCCAGCUAUUGGAUAAACGCCAUGAGUCCAAGACAACUUCAAAGAGACUUAUGAAAUCGCUGGCUGAUUCCAAUUUGGCUGGAUUGCUUCUCAUCGCCAUGGCUCAGGAACGAGUAACCUGUAUCUUCAAGGAGUCCGAGUCUGAUGCGGAAUUAAAGCUACUAGGUAAUAUAUUCGACGAGACUCAUCGGGUACUAACGCAAUAUUUGGAUCUCCUACGAUCCAACUUCACGGUUGAUGAAUUUAACGUCUAUGUCCCCGAUGUUGUGUCCCUGAUUAGUGAAUUCGGAUUACAGCCUGAAGUGGCAUUCUGGAUAUCGCGUCCAAGCAUUGCUCAGCGGGUCGCCGAUGCGAGCAAACAGAUACAAGAAGCUGCAGCAAAGAAAUCGGAACCAGAGGCACCUGCGCCUGUGAAAAGCCCUAAUGGCGACGUUGAAAUGGGUGAAGACAAAGAGGGUGCCGAAUCAGCAGCUGAGCAGGGAGAGGAGAUGGCAGUGGAUGGCCAAGUGCCGAGUGACGAAGCGAAAACUUCAUCGGAAUCAACCUCACCGGAUCCCAUCAACCCAGAGAAACCUGCCAGCUCAGCUUCGCCAUUCAACUCAGUUGUCCAAGAGCUAAUGGAUCAAAUGAAAACAUCUGUUACUGAAUCUCUUUGGGAGGUUGUUGGCUUACCUUUUUAUAUUACAUUCUGGCAGCUCUCUCUGUAUGACAUCUAUGUGCCUCAAAAAUCUUACGAGGAUGAGACAGAACGUUUGAAGAAGCGGGUUAUCGCCAUUUCACACGACAGGUCGGACAUGAGUUCCGCUGGUGCUCAACGCAAGGAAAGAGAAAAAAGGCAAAUCAAUGAACUUCACGACCAAAUCUUGGAUGAGAACAAGCGCCAUAUCAGAGCCUAUGGACAAACUCGUGCCAGAUUGCAGAAGGAAAAAGGCCAAUGGUUUGUCGGAAUGCGUGUUAAACACGAAGCCCUGAACAUUGCUCUCAUGCAGCAGUGUUUCCUCCCCCGUACCCUGCUCUCUCCUAUUGAUGCCCUUUACAGUUUCAAAAUGCUCAAAUAUCUUCACUCGUCCGGCACCCCCAAUUUCCGAACAGUGGGCCUACUGGACCAGCUUUUCAGGGAUCAACGAUUAACUAGCAUAAUAUUUCAGUGUACUGCGAAGGAAGCAGACAAUUUCGGACGCUUCCUCCACGAACUUCUACGUGAUCUCAGUAGAUGGCAUGCGGAUAAAGCUAUUUACGAAAAGGAGGCAUUCGGAGCUAAACGUGAUCUUCCUGGGUUUGCUAGAACCAUGGAUCCUGAGGGAAAACCUACGACAUUCCUAGACUACGAGGAUUUCCGACGAAUUUUGUAUAAAUGGCACCGGCAACUCAGCUCAUCUCUCAAAACCUGUUUGUCUGGAGGCGAGUAUAUGCACAUUCGAAAUGCAAUUAGCAUUUUGAAAGCCGUUAUUCAGUAUUUCCCUGCAGUCAACUGGAUUGGUCGUGAUAUGCAAACAUGCGUGACUGCACUAACAAAUUCUGAUCCUCGAGAUGAUAUCAAAAUCCCAUCAGCCACGCUCGUUGGAGAUUUGAGCAGGAGAGAGAAAAAAUGGCUGCUUCCACAAGCGUUCACAAUUCUGAACCCAGCUGCCACUAGUGGGGAACCCGGCAAUACGCCGAAAAAUGAAGCCGCUGGACAGGAAGAUAAAGUGGCCAGUGGUAAGCCACGGACACCGCAACCUCAGUCAACUACUUCCAAGCCCCUUAAUGUCAAUGCGCCUGAGUUUCAACCUUCUGCUGCAACCAUCAAAACCAACGGUACGACUUCUGGCACUGGCCGAUUUGAGGUAGAGGAUGGAGAGAUUGAGGACGCAAAGAAGGAAGAAUCGAGAGUCACAGGAGAGUCCAUCAAAACCAAGUCUUCUAGUCAUGCUACGCCAACGCCCACACCUGCCCUCCAAGAAACCACAACAGAUGAGGCAGCGUCGCUGCACCUUGAUGAAUCCCAAGGUGCGCAGGCGCCGGAGCCUACAGAAACUCAAGUCAACCGCAGCACCACGCCCAUUCCCAACAGAGAGGAAUCCCGAACCCAGGACACCGGCAAUGACCUGUCUCCACGAACGGGCUCUGCUGCUGGCACCCGGACGCCUUCUGAAUCCUCACAUCUAUCUGGCUCUUCAAGACGUAUAGAAGUUGAUCGACAGGGCUCUAACAACGCAGGGUUUCGACCACCUGCUAGCCUUCCCAGUAAACCAGACCUUCCACGCCAGUAUCGACAUUCUGACUUAAGAACUCCUGGGAUACGACCAAAUGAUCCAUCAGGAGACCGACGAGACGGAAGGGAUUACAAGUAUUCUGAACACGGCCGCCUUUCUAGGUACGGACCUCACGACCAUGAGAGAUUAAAUGAUCAUCCAAGCAUGGUUGAGCCUCGUGGGUUUGGCCGGCAUUCAGAGAAGGACAUGGCACACAGGCCGUACCCAGAAGACCAUCUCGGACGGCCACCUCACAUGCGAGAACCGACAGGUCCUCGAGAUCAAGAAUGGAGAGAACGGCAUAGUCGUGGAAGGCUUAAUCCGCCAGACAAUUUGAGUCAACGGCCGGACCACCCUCGGUCAAUGAGGGAUGAUGUUAAUAUGCAGCAUCCACACGAAUACCCGCAUCGUCCUGGGCGUCCACCAAGGGAAGAUAGAAGGCCUCCACCACAUGGCCAUAGCUCACGCCCUCCAACUCCAUCUCAGCAGGAAGAGCAACGGCCUUCUUCAUCUCGAAUGGAUAGGCUUGAUGAUCGUGAUAACAGAAAUAUGCCAGGUCGUCUUGCACCGCAAGGCCCAGCUCGACAUGAUGAUCUACCUAGCGGACCCCGUGGAGCUCGUGCCUCGCAUGGAAGCAUGUCCGACAACCGUCCGCCCCAAGAUUACCAGCGAGAUGGGAGGAUGGGGCAUCUACCACCUCCAGACCCGAGUUACGGCCGUCUAAAUCAAGACUCGCGAUUCCCUUCCGGCCGUUCUGGAGACAGUUUCGAACGCAACCCUGACAUUCCGUCAGGCCCAAGAAGAAACAACCAGUCUGGCCGUGGUGGCAGAGUGUCUGGCGCAGGACCUCAUCAGUCUAACCCGUCUGCCAACCCCGAUCGGCAACCCCCCACUGGGCCAGCUAGCUGGACCGGACAACGAGGGCAAUCCCACCAAGAUCGCCCUUCUCAGGGGACCAGCGCGCAAGAGGACUCCAACGCUAAUAUCAAUAACAUGGAUACAUCCGGAAUUCACCCUGACCGGCUGAAGGCCAUGCAAGACCCGAACGACCAAGGAGGCCGACCCAAAGCAUCCCCGUCCCAACAACAGAACCUAACUCCUCUAGCACCGCCAUCAGGGCCGCGGGGUGGCGCCCAUGGUCCGCCGAGUGCGUCUCCAACUACCCGUGGCCGUCCUUCAGGGGGGGCCGUAACGGGCGAAGGCGGACGAGGAGACAAGAGAUUUGCUGGGCUUAACAAUAUGCUGCAACAAUCGUCUGGGUCUCCCGGUGAUAAACCUGGACAAGGCCCUAUGGGUAGAGGCAGGGUAUCGAAUAGACAGGCUGGCUCUAUCAGCGGCCCAUCACCUCAAUCGGCGAGAUCUCAACCUCCAAACGACACCAGCUCUGCUGGCGGUAGCACAGGAAAAUCAGAGUUAUUCCCAACACGAUCUAACGGUUCUGCACCGGCACCAGAGGAGGAGAGCCGUAGAUCUGGCCGGUCUAACCGUCGAAAUGAGAUCAUAGAUGAAGCAUCCAGCUCUAGACGGUCUCCACAUCCAAGCACCUCUGGCCCUCUGCCACCGGACCGUCCCAUGGAACGUCCCACCGAAAGAGCCAGUGACCGUGGGGAUAGGGAUCGUGAGCGCCGGACAGGCGAGGAGAGCUCAAGAACUAGAGACAGCAAGAAGGACGAUCGGCGGGACCGUCCACGGGAGCGCGAUCGUGACCGUGAUAGAGGCCGAGUCGACGAGGUUGCCGAGCUUGACGAUGCCAGGGGUUCCCGAGACUCUUCUUCCCGUCGAAGCGGCCACAGCUCCGCCGGGAAUACUGCCGACAUAACACCAACCAGCAGCCGACGGAGAGAGAGACGCGAACGGGAUGACGCGCGUGGCUCUGCAAGUGGUGGUGGUGGUGGUAGCAGUGGUGCCGGUAAAGGAAUCCCACUUCCUCCACCACCUCCCCCACCUCCACCAAUGGAUAGACCCAUUGACAGAUGGGGUGGUGCAGGAGCUGGCCCUGUCCGAAGUGACGAUAGGCCUCCCCGGGAUCGUGGCGAUCGUGACCGUGAGAGAGGGGGGGAUCGAGACAAAGAGCGAGACCGCGGUGAUAGGGGUCGGGAUCGAGACCGAGACCGUGGCCGAGACAGAAGAGACGGUCCAAACGCAGGGCCGGACGGGAGAGGACCACCUGUAACUCCAGCCAGCAGCCUAGGGGGCAGUGCUGGCAAUACUGGCAACAACACCUGGCCUCGUAAAAGAGGCAGACCACACGGAGUCGGAGGAGACGAAAGCCACGAACAUUCCCCAAGCAUGGGCGGCCCUAUGAGGCCAGGCCCAGGGAGUGACAUGAAGCGGCCGAGACGUUAA